UGGAGUCUCCUCUGGUGUCUUGCUUACCUUUCGACCCCCCGAGGCUUCCCCUCUUUGCAACAUGCCUGUCAAACGAGUUGAACGUCGCGCCCAGCCUUCCUCUCCCGUCUUCGUCAAACCCACAUCCUCCGGAUUCUACCUCGAAACACCUCAUGACAUCCUCCUCCUUUUGGAAGCUUGCGAACGUUAUCCUGAGGAGUUCCCGGUGCUCCAGCAUCGAAUCAACGACGAAGUGUAUCGCCCGCUCAUCCAGCACGGAAACGUAUUCGUAUUCGAGCAACGCGAUUGCUUGAGGCGUUGGACUGAUUGUCGAAAAUGGAUGGACAAUCAGCAAGAGAGGAAUCUCUGGCUUGUCUACCGCGAGGCAGUGCCCGUGGAGAAAAUCAAUUCUUAUGGGAAGGGAGUCAACAAGCACCCAAUCAAUGAGAACAGAUACCUGCGUCCGGGUGUUCAACCUCUACCAGGCGGGCUACAUAAGCGGACGGUGACGGUUACGACGAAACAUUCCGACUCCGCAGACCACAUCCGCACCCUGUCCGUCAUUUGCUUCGUUGACCCAAGACGCAAGGAAGAGCUUAGGAAUUUGGCACAACAUCCAUCACUAUCGACUAUUUACAUCCCAGAAGACCUUUCAGUGGCCAAGUAUCAAUUCAAGGACGAUGUGGCUCUGGCGAAGACGGGGCGAGUCAAGCGGUCCCGUCGUCAACGUCUCUCUGCCUCGACCACUCCUGGCACUCCCACCC